UUUUUCUCUUUUUCUUUCCCCUUUUUAUACAUUUUUUUUUUUUAUAUAUCUUAUUCGUAAAUAUUAUUUGUCAAAAAAAAAAUAUAUAUGUAUUUAUAUAAAACUAAUACAUUGUGUAUAGCAAAAUGGGUCGUAAAAAGAUUAGAAUCCAGCCCAUUACUGAUGAUCGUAAUAGACAGGUCACAUUUCUUAAAAGAAAAUAUGGUUUAAUGAAGAAGGCUUAUGAACUUAGCGUACUUUGUAACUGUGAAAUUGCUCUCAUCAUUUUAAACAACUCGAAUAAUAAGCUUGUUCAGUAUGCAAGUAACGAUAUUGAUAAAGUAUUAAUGAGAUAUACUGAGUAUGACGAACCUUAUGAAAGCAAAAGUAACGACGAUUUUACAAAUGCUAGUGAAAAAGGCGACGAUGAUGUUUCACAUGACUUGUCUGAUCAUGAAGAUCAACAAGUUGUUCAGUCUCAACAGCAACAAUAUCAACCGAACCCUUUACCGAUGACAGAUUAUGCGCAAGCUACUAAUGAUCAGACCAAUAUGGUCCAACGUCCAAUGCCUGCCAACUAUGAAAUGUAUCCAAUGUAUAUGACAACAACAGCAACAUCAUCAACAACAGCAACAUCAACAACAUCAACAACAUCAACAACAUCAACAACAUCAACAACAUCAACAACAUCAACAACAACAACAUCAACAACAUCAACCAAGACCAAUGCUUUACUCUCAUACACCUCCUCCUCCACAGCAGACCGUAAUGGGUCAUCACAAUUCAAAUAACAUGACUUAUCCUUCACCUCCUCAACCAAUGUAUGUCCAACCAAUGUCAAAUAAAGACCAUAAUAGUAUGCCACCUCCACCUCCACCUAUAUCUUCUCCUUCCUCUGAGUUCGAUAACAACUCUAAAACUGACAAACGACCGAAUCUUCGCGUCCACAUACCUAACGAAAGCCCUGAACCCUCUAGUAUACAGCCUCUUCAGGCUCCUCAAACAAAUAGAGCCGCAGCAACAGCAGCAGCAGCGGCGGCGGCAG